GCGGGCAGCCAGACGGCCGCCAGCUAGUUCCGGUUGUGAGAGGAAACGGCGUCAUAGUCACGUGGGCUGAAAUUUCAAGGCGGCCCGCAGGUUGUAAAAUCGAAUGCCGGGGAGGGAGCGCCGGCGUCGUCUGCUCAUUUGUGCGUCGUCUGCUCAUUUGUGCGUUCCCCGCUUGUAAGCAUGAUUGCCGAAGAGCUGCUCGCGAUGAUCACAUCGCUGUUCGGCGUGCUUUUCGCGAGAUCAUCCCCUACUCACGAGCCUGACGAAGACUACAUCGGCGAUGAGUUCGCAUUGGUUCUGCAUUUAAUGAAGUUGCAUAGACAGGAUCGGCACAGGGUGCCCUUGUACGUUGAAAGUGUCGUGCCAACGUACAUGGAAUUUGAGUUCAAGAAGUUGUUCCGGCUUUCAAGAAGCACGUGCGGAGCCCUGAUUGAGGAGUUCGAAGCGUCGAGCUACUACCCAGAAGGUACCCGAGGACGUCCCCAAAUUUCGGCCGAGAAAACGCUUCUUAUUGCGCUAACGUACAUAGGCACGCAACAAACUAUGUAUCACAUUGCCGACAAGUUCGAUGUCAGCGAAUCAACCGUCCACGGAGCAAUUAGCCGUGUCUUGGACUUCAUUUUCUCUAUAAGUGCGAGAGAAAUCUGCUGGCCUGACCGCGACGAAAAGGAGCGAAGCAAGCGGGCCUUCUCGGAGUUGGUUCGUCGCAGGUCGGGGCUCCCGGACGUCAUCGGUGCCAUCGAUGGAUGUCACGUCCGCAUUUCUAGGCCCUCGGAAUCUGAACAAAGCUAUUACAACAGAAAGAAAUUCCACUCGAUCAUUCUUCAAGGGGUCUGCAAUGCAGAUAUGCUGUUCAUCGAUGUGUUCAUCGGAAUUCCCGGGAGCGCCCACGAUGCUCGGGUUCUCCGGGACAGCUUCCUGUACGACGAAGCACCGACGAAUUGCGAAGGAGGCUAUCUCUUGGGGGAUGCUGCGUAUCCCUUGACGACGUGGUUGCUGCCACCCUACCGCCAGACUACGGCGAACUGGCAGCCAUGGAUGACUGCAUUCAACUACGCGCACAGUAAGCAGCGAGUGGUCAUCGAGGGGGCCUUCGGAAUCCUCAAAGCUCGGUUCCAGCGGCUGCUGUGGAUUGAUGUCGGCAGCAUCAAGCAAGCGGUGCAGAUUGUACUUGCAGCCUGCGUGCUGCACAACAAGGCUCGACGAUGCGGCGACUUCGUGGAGGACCUCGAAGCGAGCGACAGCGGUACUGAUGUCUCGUCUGCAGAGCCUGCCGAAGGUGAUGACGCACCAGCCCUCUCCGCAGCAGCCUUCCGUGAUAGCAUCGCCCAGAGCCUCUAAAUGUAGCAUGGGUUUAUUUACAUUGGUGACUUGCCUGUGAUAUUCCCUUAAUGUAUGAAUGACGCACACCCAUAUAUAUGUUUUGUUUGCCAGUUCCAUAUUUUUUUUUUUUUCAGUAUCGGUCCACUGUCCGUGCACUUUUCUUUUUUUUUUCUUUUUACUUUGCUGUUAUUCUUAAGUUAUAAAUCAAUAUAUAUAUAUGCCCAGUCCUGUUUUAUAUAGCUGCACUUAUUUUUUAAUAUGCAUGUGUCUUGUAAAUUGUGCUGAAAUUUAAUUGUGCUUUCAUCUUAGUUUGUUCAUGCAUUGUAUGCUUACUUAAUUUUAAUGCCGAGUGCACCUGUGUAUGUGACUAUUUAUUUGUUUCUUUAUCUGUUCACUUCAUCCUCAAGAUAGAUUACCUUUUUUUGACAUAUGCAACUCUGGAUCCCUUGUUUCUACACACAUUUUAGUAUUUUAACAUGAUUACUGUGACACUCGCUGUGUCAAGCAAUUUGUGCACCCUUUUGACAACUAAUUUGCAAUUUCAUUGUUACUAUUAAGUAUUGAUUUCAAACCAACACCAUGCCUACGACCUGUGGUUGUUUACUGCAUGUUACAUCUCAGUGUACACAUGCGUGCACGUGAUGUUCCCUUUUUGAA